AUGGACGUCUUCACCAGCCAGGAUCUACACCCCCGAUCCCGCAUUCCCUGGGAUCAGCCCUUGGACGAGUCGCCUCCCUCCCUCGGCCAUCUGAGCCACGAACUACGAUAUAACCCCAUGGCCAUGACGACGAGCACCGCAUCCCCCGAGCUGUAUGCGCUCUCCCCGCAUACGAUGGCCUAUCUCGGCUCGAACCACACCUCGCCGGAUAUGUCGGUGGGAUAUGAAACCGCCAGUACCGGAUCGGGGAAUAACCGGCGACAAUCCCAGAACCGUGAGGCCCAACGUCGAUUCCGGGAACGUCGCGAGCAGGAGCGCGUACAACUGCGGCGUGGCAUGGAAGAACUCCGCACCGAGAAUGAUCGGCUGGCGAGGGAGCUGAAGGAGGCCCAGAAUGGGUCUGCGAGUCUGGAAGGGGAGAAUACGCGCCUAAAGGGGGAACUCGAGGCGUUGAGGAAACGGUGGCAGGAUGUGCUGAAGCUCAUGUCGGGGAUGGUGCAGGGGGAGGCCAAUGCCAACGCCAACGCCAGCGAGGGGACACCGACAUCGCCGACGGGGUCCGCGUCGUCGACGGCGCACCACCAGCAGAAGGAUGUGCAGAGUCUACGCAGUUCGAUGAUGAUGCAGAUGCUAGUGCUCUUGUUUGAGGAGAAGGGCCCGUCCAAAUGUGAGGACACAUAG